AUGGUUGUGCCCACACCGCUGGAGAAGCAGGAGGAGUUGGUGCCCAUCACACCUGAGCAAUGGCCUGAGUGGGAGCACAAGAAGAGGUGGGCCCAGGUGGAGCAGGAGUGUGCAGUGCUACAGAUGUCACUGGGACAAGAGCAGUUUUUUGUGCAGAGGGAGACCGACAUGGAGAUAGCCAAUGAGUAUGGCUACCCAAAAUCCACUGUCAAAGUGGAGCUGAUGACAGAUCUAGCAGAUAAAAGCACCUGCGGAUACCUAGAAGCCUGUCCUUCGAGCACAAAAACAGCAUCACACCCCCCACCUGUUCCCUCUGUUUCUGAAGAAGAGGAUGCAUAUGAUGAAGAAGAGGAAGAUGACAACAAACCUCCCCUUGUUAUCGCACCGUGGCCUGAACAUACAAAAUCAAUCUACACACGCUCUGUAACUGAACCUGCCGCUACACCAGCACCAGCUAAAGGAGCCACCACUCGCCAGCCUGAAAACUCCAACACUUUGUACAGAGACACGGACUGGCAGCAAAAGAUUCCCAAAAUGACCGAGGAGGAGAUCCUAGAGAAACUGAGGAGCACUGUGAGCAUAGGAGAUCCUGAGAAGAAAUACACUCAAUUUGAAAAAGUUGGGCAAGGGGUGUCCGGAACUAUCUGUAGAACACUUGAUAUCAUCAUGGGACAAGAGGGGACCAUAAAACAAAUGAUUCUCCAACAACAGCACAAAAAGGAAUGAGCUCUUAAUGAAAGCCUGAUGAGGAGGAAAAUUAGGAACCCAAAUAUUGUUAAGUAUUUAGACAGCUCCCUGGUCAGUGACGAGCUCUGGGUGGUUAUGGAAUACAUGGCCGGAGGCUGUUUAACCGAAGUUGUUACACAGUUUUGUAUGGAUGAAGGACAGAUAGUAGCUGUCUGUAGGGAGUGCCUGCAAGCCCUGGAUUUCCUUCAUUCAAAGCAAAUGAUUCACAGGGAUGUCAAAAGAAAGAAUAUUCUUCUUGGCAUGGACAGGUCUGUCAAAUUGGCUGGUUUUGGCUUCUGUGCUCAGAUCACCCCUGAGCAGAGUAAACGGAACACAAUGCUCGGGACUCCAUACUGGAUGGCACCAGAAGUGGCGAGAAAAGAAGCCUAUGGCCCCAAAGUGGACAUGUGGUUGCUUGAGGUCGUGGCUAUACAGAUGGUGGAUGCAGUACCUCCUUACUUUAGUGAAAAUCCUCUCAGUCAGGCUACUGCAGAAGGGGAGAAGCUCUCCUGGCUCUCUGAGAAGAGAAUCCUGUCGCAGCAGCUGGAACACCUGCAGCAAGCAGUUGAAAGGCUGCAACUUGAGAAGGCUGAGCUGAAGCAACUCAAUGCUGAGCUCAGGAGGAGUCUUGAGCAG